UCGUCAGCCAUUUUCAGUCUUUUUGAAAGAAUUUUAGGAAGGUAUUUGAGCUUUUGUUGGGUUCCAUGGAUCUUCCUGGUCUGGACGAGAUCUCCAUGGAAGGCGGGGCUAGGUGAGGCAAGUUGGAAGCUUGAGAGAGAGGAUGCAGGAGUCGAAGCUUCUGCAUGAGAAAGUUAGGGUGCAGGUGCAGUGAGACGUUUGGUUUGUAGCUCUGGAUGGACGCAGGGAUAAUUCGAGGGAGGUGUUGGGUUCGUGGGAUUGUCGGUUGAGAACGAUGACUUCGUUGCAAGCAUGCGACUGGGAGAGAGAGGUUUGGCUUCAGUUCAAGUGGACCUGAAGCACGAGGACCAGGAGGAAUGGAGGGUGCUGAUGUAUCUUCCUUGCGAUGGGUUUUGUAUAGGAAGCCGAAUUCCUGCUUCCGACAUUGGACAGCGCGAGUACUGUUCAUAGCGCUGGGCUGGAUGCUCGCCUGCGGUGUCGGUGCGCUGCUUUGGAAAGAUGCCUUGCGAUCCAUGGAGCAAGAGUUUCGACUUAAGUGUGUGAACCGUAAGGAGGUUCUGAAGUCAGAGGUGGAGAACAACUUGAACGCCUCCUUUGCCAUUGUAGGGCUGACAGCAAGCUUGCCAAAUCUCAACAAUGAAAUAUGGAUGACUUACGCACGGAGAACCCUCUUCCUGCGGCCCUAUGUGACGAGGCUGCUCUACGUCGAACGGGUAAUCGCAAGCGAACGAGCUGCAUUCGAAAGGAAGUGGAACAGCAGCAUCCUGUACGUUACCCCACAAAACACAGUGAUACGUCGCCCCGACAAUGACACGGAGUACUCGCCGAUCGUGUUCGAGACAGAAGAUGAACAUUACUUAUUCGUAGAUAGUGGAGCGUAUCCUCGUUACCGAAGCGCUAUAGAUGCCGCACGGGACACAGGCCUUUUCACGCUUUCCCCUGUGACUCCAAGAGCCAAAAAUUCGUGGCAGAUGGGAGCAUAUCUUGCCUAUUAUGGCCGAGGUCGAGAUUUAACCAACUUCUCGAGCGUCGCUGAACGAAGACAGGCGUGCAAGGGCUAUGUGGGAACAGUGAUGAACGUCACUGAGCUUUUCCAUAGGGUUCUUUUUCAGUUCACAGACGAUGUCGACAUGGACGUCGUCGCUGUCUUUGUCGUGAAUCCCAUGUCAGGUUUAUACUCGUAUUACAAUUGCUCUGCUUCAGCUUCGGAUUGUACAGUUGUUCUGUUUGAUCCAGCCCGUCGAGCGCAUGAAGUUUCCAAGGCUGUUGCAUUGUGGGAUUAUGGGACACAAAGCUUCUCAGUGCGAUGUUUUCCCAAGCAAAACUUGACGCUGUUGGCUCUACGGGCUAUCAUUGCAUGGCCCCUCCUCAUGUCUUUGGUGGUCAUUUUCUGCUUCAUCAUUGUGUGUCUGGUGCUGAAGCGGAUGCAAGCCAUUGAAAAGGAUGUUGCUGUUAUGGAAAAGAUGGACGAAGAUCUUAAGGUAGCCAAGGUGGCUGCUGAAGCUGCCGAUAAGGCGAAGUCGAAUUUUCUGGCAACAGUCUCUCAUGAAAUCAGGACUCCCAUGAAUGGAGUGAUUGGAAUGACAAAUUUACUAAUGGGAACCGAUUUGACUGACCAGCAGCUUGAAUAUGUAAAGAUUGCACAAGCGAGUGGGAAUGCUCUUAUUGCUCUCAUCAAUGAUGUCUUGGACUUGUCCAAGAUUGAGGCAGGUAGAAUGGAGCUCGAGGCUGUCCCUUUCAAUAUCCGCAAAGAGGUAGAUUGCGUGUUUCAUCUCUUUGACGAGACAGUACAGCAGAAGAAGCUUGAGAUGUCUAUGCUCGUCCAUAAUACAGUGCCCACUUGUGUAAUUGGAGACCCCGGAAGAUUUCGUCAGAUUCUUGGUAACCUUAUUGGCAACGCCUUGAAGUUCACAAAGGAGGGCAGCAUUCUCGUUUGUGUUCGUGUAAUGGAUCCGAACCAAGGUAGCAGCUCAGACUUCACUGCUAUAAACGUUGACCAGAACUCUCCAGACACACAUUCUUCGCAGGGGCUUAUCACGGAGACCCUUUCAGAAGUUGAACUUGAAGGACUGAGACUGAGAGGAGGCAGUACUGCCCCAAGGUUGAGUAUUCAACCUGGAACUGAGUUUAACAGUAGGGAAGCAGUUGAGUCAUGGAGGAAAUGGAACUUGAAGACAUCGGCCCUGAACUGCAAGCCUCCAAGUCAUUUUACCAUAAUUGCCUCCGUGGAAGAUACAGGUAUUGGCAUCCCGCAACACUUGGAGAAGCGUUUGUUUCAACCUUUUUCUCAAGCCAAUAGCAGCACCUCAAGGGAGCAUGGGGGCACUGGCAUUGGCUUGUCUAUAUGUGAGAAAUUGGUAAAACUAAUGAAUGGCGAAAUCACGGUGACAAGCAAUGUUGGGGUAGGAAGUGUAUUUGAGUUUUUUCUUCCUGUAAAAUUUCACGACGCUCUAGAGGGCAAGCCAUGUUGCUCAAAGUUUCCAGCUGGAGACAAGAGACUCAGCGGAAUGCAUGUUGUUCUUGUAGACAACAACCUCGUUCGACAGGAAGUAACAGCCAACUACCUUCAGUGUUUAGACAUAUAUGUUGAUCUUGUCGAAGACAUGGAGUCCACUUUGGAGCUACUCAGGAUCAAAGGAACUUCACUGCAAGCUAUUCUUGUGGACCUUGAGGGGUUAUCUCUGGCAUCCAUUGCAGAUUUAACGAGUACAGUGCGCAACAUGCCAAGUUUUAAGGCCUUGCCUGUACUGGGUCUUUCACUGGCUCUGCCUCCUUUGAUCGAGAAAGAAUUAAGGGAUGCUGGAGUCUCCUACAUGGUGAAGAAGCCUCUCCGACACUCCUCACUGGCUUGUGUGUUGCUAGAGGCAAUGAAUUUAACUCCCACUCCAGCCACGAAGAGGGCUGUUAAGGUCGACGACUCCAAAUUGCUGAGCGACAAGAGGAUCCUUGUGGUGGAUGACAACAUGGUGAAUCGAAGAGUAGCAACCUCAAUGCUGAAAAAGUAUGGUGCAAUUGUUUCAAGCGUGAACGGUGGAGCUGAAGCUGUUGAUGCAGUCAAAAACCGAAAAGAAGAUGAGAAGUUGGAUCUUAUAGUGAUGGACAUUCAAAUGCCUGAGAUGGAUGGCUGGGAAGCAACACGUCGAAUACGCAAUUGGGAGGUUGAGAAUUGCUUCAUUUGCCGAACCAAGAAUAUAUCGUGGUGUCGACAUCAUCGUCUCCCCAUUGUUGCCGUAACAGCAGAUGUUUUGAAAGGAACUCAUACAGAAUGCAUUAACUCAGGAAUGGACGACUAUCUUACCAAACCUCUUGAUCAAAAACAGUUGCACUCGUUACUGGAGCGUUUCGUCGGAAAGGACAUGUUCAAUUCACCAGAAUAUGAGCAAUUCUGAAACAGAAGAAGGUUAUUUUUGGGUUACACAUUAAGAUACUCAUUCUAAAAUCAUUUUGGUUAGCAUAGCUGGAAGUGGGCUGGCUCGAAGGACACAUCGGCCGCGAGGACUAGACAGUCCGUCUAUUACUGUGAAUCCAGCGCUUCUAAGCGCUCUUCACGGAUCGGUGGCAAGAAUCGUGAGUUGUACUCUCAACAUGAAGUGUGAGGUUUGUUUUUACAGUGGUCUACAAUUAAUGAUGCAGUGUGCGGGACAGAUUUUACAGAGUCCAGACGCCACACUAAAUGCAUAGAAGCUGAUUUCUUGAAGCAAAGCGUAGGUAAGCGCCAGGAUAAUGUCAUUGGUGUGUAUACAUGGACGGUCUGAAAGGUUAAGCUUUGGAGCAAGUGGCAGCAGCAAGUUUAGCAUUAAGGUCUCUUUAGGGCCUGCGGUGUGACUUUGAUACAUCCGCUGACUUAAAACUGCUUCAUCACAGCCGAGCCUUCUCCCAAUAUCCGGAACAUUUCCACUGAUUUGUGUAAUGCUAUUCUAACUGUUGAGAAUCUUUAGAAAGA